GUAUAUAUGAGCUUAAGCUCGCCGCUUCGACCGUGCUUUUUCCGAAGUGAUCUGCCCGUUGAGCAGAUUUCAAAAUGACGUCCUCAAUGGGAAAGCUAUUGUUUUUCCUUCCUGUGUUCUUGGUUCUUUUGACGUACGGAGCAACCGAAGCUCCAAGGCUGGUGUGUUAUUUUAGCAAUUGGGCUAUCUAUCGUCCGGACAUAGGCAGCUAUGGCAUCGACGACAUUCCCGCUGAUAUGUGCACGCACAUUAUCUACUCUUUCAUCGGCGUGAGCAACGUUACCUGGGAAAGGCUUAUUCUCGACGAGGAGCUCGAUGUUGAGAAAGGCGGCUUCAACAAGUUCGUUGCUCUGAAGGAGAAGUAUCCUCAUCUAAAGACUCAGGUCGCCAUCGGCGGUUGGGGCGAGGGUGGCCGAAAAUAUAGCCAAAUGGUCAGCGUAAAAGAGAGGCGUGCCUCGCUUAUCAGGAGUAUAGUCGAUUUUAUGAAUCAGUACGGUUUCGAGGGCUUCGAUCUUGAUUGGGAAUAUCCGGGUGCUACCGAUAGAGGCGGCACUCUUAGCGAUAAAAACAACUUCUUCUACUUUGUCGAGGAGCUGAGGACGGCAUUCGACAAGGUAGGAAAAGGCUGGGAGAUUACUAUGGCAGUUCCGAUGGCCACGUUCCGUCUCAACGAGGGAUAUCACGUGCCAGAAUUAUGCGAGCUUGUCGAUGCCAUCCACGUCAUGUCGUAUGAUCUUCGUGGCAAUUGGGGCGGAUUUGCCGAUGUCCACAGCCCGCUUUACAGGAGACCCCACGAUCAGUACGCCUACGAGAAAUUAAACGUGCACGAUGGUCUCCAACUCUGGGAAGACAAAGGAUGCCCUGCCAACAAGCUUGUCGUAGGAAUCCCAUUGUACGGACGUACUUUCACUCUCAGCCAAGGCAAUAACAAUAAAAAACCUGGAACUUAUAUUAACAAAGAAGCCGGUGGCGGUGCGCCUGGCAAGUAUACCGCAGCUAAAGGAUUCUUGGCUUACUACGAAAUCUGUAUGGAACUUCAAAAACCGAACAACGGGUGGACAAAGGAAUAUGACGAUAUUGGCAAAGUACCUUAUAUGUACAAAGAUACUCAAUGGGUCGGUUAUGAGGAUGCUGACAGUAUUGUACACAAGAUGAACUUCCUCAAGGAGAAGAAGUAUCUCGGUGCCAUGGUCUGGGCUGUCGAUAUGGAUGAUUUCAGAGGACUUUGUGGUCCUGCGAAUCCCCUCAUGACUGCAAUUUACAAUGGCCUGAAAGGUUAUACAGUGACACCUAAGGAUUAUAAGACAACGCCCAGGCCUGAAUGGGAUAGACCACCCAGUACUCCAUCAUCCACGGGUGACGACAAACCAAAACCCACUAAUAAACCCGAACCCACUAAUAAACCCGAAUGGACUACCGAGGCGCCUCGUCCUACUUCGAAGCCAGUCGAUGAUGACGAAGUCGUUUGUAAUGGUCAGACUAUGAUCCCCAGCAAAGACUGCACAAUGUACUACGUCUGUAACCACGAUAAACCGAUCAAGACACGAUGUGCCUCUGGCUUGAUCUUCCACACCUCCAGGCUUAUUUGCGACUGGCCGGCCAACGCCGAUCGCGAGGAAUGUAAAAAUGUUUGAUCCUCCGCGAUUUGGAAUUUGUCGAUUUUAAUCACCCGCUAUUUCAUGGAUUCAUAAAUCUUUCGAGUAUAGAAAGCUUGUAGUAAUAAUCUCAUACAAACAUCGUUAUGUUAUUAUUUGUUGUUGUGUGCGAGAGCGCAUGCGUUGUGAAAUCAAAUGUAUCACUUUGUGAACCACAAUAAAUCAUACGCAGUUUAUCAAA